UUGACGUCAGACAAAGUUUAGAGAGGGCAGGCGAAUCGACGUUUCCAGUUGUUUUGGGCAGGCAGGUUUGGAGAGUUAGAGAGCACCUGAGUGUAUUGAUAACUCCUGUGAGAACACAAAUCUGCACAUAUGGCUGAGGAGACGUCUGGCACGGAAUCGCGCUACAACUGUCGAUCGGCGUGUAUAUAUGAUCUGCCAUCCACGGUUCUGCACACAGUUUGCAACGAAAUCGAUUCUUUAAGUGAUCGGGACUGGAUGCGAUUCGCUUCCAGAAUUGUCACAGACCAAACAGAACUAAGAGUGAUGCGGCUGGCAGAGAAGUCUGGAAGGAGCCGAACAGAAGAAUUAAUGUGGUGGUGGAGUAUGCGACUUGGAACAGUCCAGGAACUACUGGAACUUCUGAAUGAGAUGGAGUUCUACAGAACAGCACGUUUCCUUUCUGACUGGAAUUCUUCUUCCUAUGUCACUCAUCCUUCUGGAGCCCCUCUGGAACAGACAAAACAGCAGUGUCCAGACGACUGUCAAAAGAAGUUAAAUGAUGCAGAUCUGGCCCCAGACGCAACAGGCAUCACCCCAUCAACCUCAGGGGGACCAGUACAGUUACCUUGUCCACCAGCACCGCCUACAGAAUUUUUACACUCUGUGUAUUCACUUCAUGAUGAGAAUAGCCUCUGCAAACCUCAGCAAGAGACAAAUGGCUGGAGCCACAUCAUUGUUUGGACCAUGGAGCAUCUGAAAGAGGCAACAAAUAACUUCAGCAAUGAAUGUAAAAUCAGUGAAGGCAGAUUUGGUGAUACAUUUGUAGGAGAACGACUUAAUACAUUGUAUGUCAUUAAAAGGCUGAAGGAGAACAAUGACUUUGGUCAGAGGAUUGCCCAGAAGUCAUAUGAUACAGAACUACGGAUCUGUGCCCAAUGCCAUCACCAUAAUAUUUUACAAGUACUGGGCUGCUAUGCAGAACACGGAUUUUAUAUCCUGAUCUACCCACACAUGCCUAAUGGAUCUCUGGAAGACAGGUUGCAGUGCCUUAACGGCAGUGUUCCUUUGUGUUGGGAAAAGCGCAUUUCAAUUUCCACUGGACUAACUACAGCCAUUCAGUUUUUGCAUGCUAGAAGGAUUAUUCAUGGGAAUGUAAAGAGCUCCAAUGUUCUACUGGAUAAAAACUGCGUUGCAAAACUGGCACAUGCUCGAGUUCAGUUUGAGAGUAAAACAGAAUUCACCCAUAUGAAGACCAUUACACUUCAAGGCUAUCUUACUUACCUACCAGAAGACAUUCUCAGGCAUGGACAGAUAACAGAAAAAGUGGACAUCUUUGCAUGUGGGAUUGUUUUGGCAGAAGUGCUUACUGGAAUGAAAGCAAUGGAUACCACAAGAGUGCCAAUGUACCUGAAAGAUUUAUUCUUACAUGAAAUCGGCAGAGCUAAAGAAGCAUGCUCCAUGACAAAAAGUGUAGAGGAACUUGCUGCACAAGAAUUAUGUUCAAAGUACCUGGAUAGGAAAGCUGGUUGUUUGCCAUCAAGUACUGCCCUGCAUUUUGCCACUGCAGUUUGCACCUGUCUGAGAAAAAAAAGUCCAUUGCUGUCUGAGAUACAGAAAAAAAUAGAAACGCUUAAAAGUCAGGCAAACUGUAAUUUUUGGAAGAUGAAAGCACCACCACCAGAAGAAACAGAGGAUACAACUGUUAAUUGCUCAGAGAAAGCACACACUAGGAAAGCCACAGAUGCAGACUGCUUAUGGGCAAGCAAUGUACCUGCCGUCAGCUCCUUAUGGUCAGAUAGGAACAGAAAUGAAAUACCCAGGAUACCUUGUGAAUCAGAUGAAUCUGAAGACUUUGUAUAUUCCACAUCUCAUACCGCUACUUCUAAUGUACAGUAUAGGAAAUUUAACAUGGAUAACUUAGAAAAAGCACUUCUAGUCUCCACAGGAAGCUUAGACUAUUCCAAAGAUUGUUUCGUGACUAGUAGGCAGGAGCCAGUCGAAACCAGUAGUAGUUGGACUGGAUACCUUUCUUCAGACAGUAGCAUACCAUUUGGCUCUUGCAGAAACUCUCAGAAGUCAUCUACUAAACGUAAUGAAUCUGCUCUUUUACAUAUUUCACCGGAACCUAUAGAAUCAUCAGAAAAAAAACUGGAACAGAAUGCAGCAAAUUUUAAGUGUCCUCUAAAAGAGCCACAGUGGGUCCCCCAGGAACAGUUGGUGAUAAUAAAUAACUCCUGCCCACGUGCCAGAAAUAAUAAUGACAUGCAAAUGCCUGGCACAGUACAAGUUUCUCAAGAUUUCCUAAGUGCACCAGGCAGCAUGAAUGGUUUGAGCUGCUCCAGGGAUCAAACUGAAAUCACAGUACAAGGAGAUGCGGCCUUGACACAUCCCACUGGAAUUGAAAUAAAUGCAGCAAAGAGAGACUUAAUGGAGAAAAUUGAUCUUUACAACAAGAAUGAGAUUGACAGUGGUUUACUGUUUGAAUCUUAAAUAUGUCUUGUAUAAAUUGUGAUAUUUAAAAUAAUUAUUUAAUAUUAAAAAUUGUCACUAGCAUUAAAAGAUGUUGUGUAUAAGUAUUAUGCACAGUUAUUUGCUAUUUAAA